UCCUCACUUCCUGAGCGGCUGCCAUCGCUGCUGCUGAGUGAGGGAGAGGAAGAGAGAGGGAAGGAAGGAAGAGAAAGGUGAGGAGGAAGAAGAGGAAGAGACAGAGGGAGACACGCAGCAGAGGAGAAGGAGGAAAGUUGGAGCUGCCUGUGGAGGAAGCCGCCGUGAAGAGGAGGCUCCGCAGCGGGAGCAAGGCAGCUGAGCAGCGGGGCUAUGGCUCAGUCGGCAGCUAACGGUGUGGUCCAGGAUCUGGCCAGUAAGAGGCUGCACUCCAGGAUGGAGGCCUCUUGCUUGGAGUUGGCCUUGGAAGGAGAGCGGCUGUGCAAGGCUGGAGACUUUAAAGGCGGGACAGCGUUCUUCGAGGCAGCUGUUCAGGUCGGCACAGAAGACCUGAAGACCCUCAGUGCCAUCUACAGCCAGCUGGGCAAUGCUUACUUCUACCUCAAGGAGUAUGGCAAAGCCCUGGAGUACCACAGACAUGACCUGACCUUGGCCAGAACAAUAGGAGACAGGAUCGGAGAAGGCAAAGCCAGUGGGAACCUCGGGAACACGUUGAAAGUGUUGGGGCGCUACGAUGAGGCUGUUGUUUGCUGUCAGAGACAUUUGGAUAUUUCUCAAGAGCAGGGGGACAAGGUUGGAGAAGCCCGAGCUCUCUACAACAUAGGAAAUGUGUUUCAUGCAAAGGGCAAACAGCAGUUAUGGGGCUGCACCCAGGAACCGGGGGACCUGCCUGCUGAAGUCAGAGACACACUGCAAAGGGCCACUGGAUUUUAUGAGAUGAACUUGUGUCUGGUGAAGGAACUUGGAGACCGAGCUGCUCAGGGGAGGGCCUACGGGAACCUGGGAAACACCCACUACCUGCUGGGGAACUUUGUCGAAGCGAUCAAGUUCCAUCGGCAGCGAUUAUCCAUUGCCAAAGAAUUUGGGGACAAGGCAGCAGAGCGGCGGGCGUACAGUAACCUGGGCAAUGCCCUGAUCUUCCUGGGCCAGUUCAACACAGCCACUGAAUACUACAGGAAAACUUUGCAGCUGUCCAGGCAGCUGAGGGACCAGGUGAUGGAGGCUCAGGCCUGCUACAGCCUGGGAAACACCUACACUCUUCUGCAGGAGUAUGAGAAGGCCAUAGACUACCACCUGAAACACCUGUAUAUCGCCCAGGAGCUGACGGACAGGGUCGGUGAAGGCCGUGCCUGCUGGAGUCUGGGAAAUGCAUACGUGUCUUUAGCGAACCACAAACAAGCUCUUCACUAUGCACGAAAGCACCUGGACAUCUCGAAGGAGAUUGGAGACAGGAAUGGGGAACUGACAGCCAGGAUGAACGUGGAGCAGCUGAUGGAGGUUCUGGGCGUCAAUGAGAGCGACCUCUCGCCCUCCAGCUCCGAGUUUGAGAUGCAAGGAGCAAGACCCAAAUUCACCAAGAGAAACAGCAUGGACAGUGUAGAGCUGUGGAAGUACUCGUCAGACAAGAACGGUGAGAACCACGACUUGGAGAGUAUACCCAGGAGAUCCAAGAGUCAGCUGUCACAGCCCGGCAAAAGGAAAGGCUACCCCGACAGUCAGUCGUCGGACGAAAGGCCGUGGUUCGACUCUCCGCUAGACUCUGACGACAUCACUGUGCAAGUUCCGCCUCCGGUGCCAAAGUUGGGCCGUGACCCCUCCGAUGAAGACUGCUUCUUUGACCUCCUCAGCAAGUUCCAGAGCAGCCGCAUGGACGACCAGCGCUGCCACCUUGAUGAGGCACAGAACGGCGAGGAUGCUGGGAACGCCGUGCUGAACGACAUGAUCGAUCCUGCAUUCACCACCUCCCCCCAGACUGAGGAGCUGUUCGAUUUGAUCGCCAGCUCCCAGAGCCGCCGCCUCGAUGACCAGCGUGUAAAUGUUGGUAACCUCCCGGGCCUGAGGAUUACCCACAACAACCUGGGACACCUGGUGGGCGAGGGAGAUCAUCAAGAGCCCAGCGACGACUUCUUCAACAUGCUUAUCAAGUGCCAGUCCUCCAGGAUUGAUGACCAGCGUUGCUCCGCGCCAGAAGCCGGCCCCCACGCGCCCACGGUGCCCGACGAAGACUUCUUCAGUCUGAUCCAGAGGGUGCAGGCCAAGCGGAUGGACGAGCAGCGCGUCCACCUGCCCUCAGAGGACCAGGACGACCCGGAGUCCCCUGAUCCGGAGCCGCCUGGCGGGUUUGCCAGCUAGGACUCGGUGAAUAACUCUAUACAACUCUAUGUCGAAGAAAGUAAAAAAAUAAUAAAAAUAAAAGCGGGAGAAAAAACGCAAAGAAGGACAGGCCGACAUUCAACACCCAAGGCUGAACUAACACGUUUUUUUUUUAACAACAAGACAAAAUUCCAUGUGCAAUAGGCGGUAACCUAUGAAAUGUUGCUCAGUGUGUUAUGCUCUAAAUGUGUGUAAAUAUAAGCAGAGAGACAACAACGAUGCGAGGUGGUUGAGGGAUGAACACAACACAAGGUUAAGUUUGAAAUGUGCAAAUGUGUCUUCAAUCUAAUGCCUUAAUCAGCAUUCUUCAGACUCACGAUUGUAUUCACUGGUGUAAGCUGUGGUUUUUAGAAGCCCAUGACGGACAUGCAGUAUCUUAUCAAGUCGUGGAAAUCACAGAGAAUCAGCUGAGCCGAUUUUAGGGAAAUUUCGAGGAAAAAAUGUAGAUUUGCACUGAAACAUGAGGAUUUCUAACAAAUUGUGUCAAUUCCAUCCCUCAGAUCAAUGCUGCUUUUAUCAUUUCAUUUGUCCGGUUCCCAGUGCUCCCAGAGAACUAGUGUUAUUUGAGCAGUAACAGUAUUAAACUUGGCCUCCCAGUGUUAAAACAAACUGUUUCUCUAAGCGUGAACAGGAUCGAUAAGCGACAUUUCACUUCCGCCAACAAAGUCAAGACGGACUCGAUUAAGAUCCACGUCGAUGUUCAUGAUGUGAAUUCAUGCAUUUUUUUUUUUUAAUGCAUCAGCCUCUUCACACAGUAUGCAGUAACCAAGGUUACUGGCCAAAUGAUUGAAAGAAGCUGCUUAUUUCAUAGAUUUUAAGAUUUAGAGUUGUGCGAUAAUUCAACAUCCGGUUCGUAUCUCUACUUGUUUAAAACAAAAAAGUGAUGUCCCAACUGUUCUGAACAUCUGAUAACAGACUACUACUUACUGCCAUUGUUAUUAUUUCAGCAUUUACUAACAUAGAAACAAAAGCUGAUGCAAAAGGUGGGUGCUAAUGCCAUGAACAUUAUUGAGUUCUCGUUUGUGGUGCUGGCACAGUGCCCCCCUGUGGUCUGAAUGUUGUAUUACCUCUGUUGAGCUACAGAGUGUUGGGGAAGAAGGACAUUUCCUUUCCUGAAUGUUUGCAGGGCCGCACUUUAACGCAUAUAUUCUGCUCCAGGUACGACAACUGUGAAAACUUCCAUCUGGUUUCAGCUGCAAGGUUUUGCAAACUUCUACCUUGUAACUUAGUAACAUAGGCAAAAUGAGGUAGUCCAUUUUCCUUUCUAUCCAUUUGUUGUUAUGAAAGCAAGUGACGUGAAAACUGCAUAGCAUUUUUAAAAUGUAAUGUACAGAGCAAAAAAAAUUAAUCUUUUUACCCAGAGUUAGUGCUUACCUCAUUUUUGUACCUCAAUCCUUUUAGGGUUGCUGAGUUCUGAACCAGAACGCAUCACUUGAUUCACCUCUCUUUGAUAAACAACACAUUGGGAGAUACAUUUAAUAUGUCCUCCUUUCUGUUUUUUGUGAAUUAACAUUUUUAGAAAGUACUCGGUACGCUUCUGUUUGUCUUUGCCAUCAUUUGUAUAUAUAAAUAUAUUUUGUAUUUAUGUUCUUUUUCGAGGACGUGAAUAUGUCCUUUCAUGCUUUUAAUAAAAUGUUACAGAUGU